GAAAAGGAAGAAAACUGUGAACUGGAAAGUUAUCUUACAAUGAAAAUUACGAGCACAUCUUGCAUCUGUCCAGUCCUCGUGUGUCUCUGUUUUGUGCAGAGGUGUUAUGGAACUGCUCAACACAGCUCCAUCAAGGGGACCAGAAACCAAACCAAACACAUCGAAGGUGAAACCGAAGUCCACCACCGUCCCAAAAGGGGAUGGGUUUGGAAUCAGUUCUUUGUUUUAGAAGAACAUAUGGGACCAGAUCCACAAUAUGUUGGAAAACUGCACUCCAAUUCUGACAAAGGUGAUGGGUCUGUGAAGUACAUCCUUACCGGAGAAGGUGCUGGGACUAUAUUUAUCAUUGAUGAUACCACGGGUGACAUCCACUCAACAAAAAGCCUAGACAGAGAGCAGAAAACCCACUAUGUGCUUCAUGCUCAGGCUAUUGACAGACGAACAAACAAGCCCCUUGAACCUGAAUCUGAGUUUAUCAUCAAAGUGCAAGACAUCAAUGACAAUGCUCCAAAGUUCACAGAUGGACCAUAUAUCGUAACUGUGCCUGAAAUGUCAGAUAUGGGUACCUCUGUUCUACAGGUGACAGCCACUGAUGCAGAUGACCCUACCUAUGGAAACAGUGCUCGGGUGGUUUACAGCAUUCUCCAGGGGCAGCCCUACUUCUCUGUAGACCCUAAAACAGGAGUUAUUAGAACUGCCUUACAUAAUAUGGACAGAGAAGCCAGAGAACAUUACUCAGUGGUCAUUCAAGCCAAAGACAUGGCAGGGCAAGUUGGAGGGCUGUCGGGAUCCACCACGGUCAACAUCACCCUGACAGAUGUCAAUGACAACCCCCCACGGUUUCCUCAAAAACACUAUCAGCUGUAUGUUCCCGAGUCAGCUCAAGUUGGUUCAGCUGUUGGGAAAAUCAAGGCAAAUGAUGCGGACACUGGUUCAAAUGCGGACAUGACAUACUCCAUCAUUAAUGGUGACGGUGUUGGGAUAUUCUCCAUCUCCACUGACAAAGAGACCAGAGAAGGGAUCCUUUCCUUAAAGAAGCCACUGAACUAUGAGAAAAAGAAGUCAUAUACCCUCAACAUAGAAGGAGCCAAUACACAUCUUGAUUUUCGCUUUUCUCACUUGGGUCCUUUUAAAGAUGCUACCAUGCUGAAGAUCAUUGUGGGGGAUGUAGAUGAACCACCACUAUUUUCCAUGCCUUCCUAUGUCAUGGAAGUCUAUGAAAAUGCCAAGAUUGGGACUGUUGUUGGCACAGUUUUGGCACAAGAUCCCGACAGUGCAAACAGCUUAGUAAGAUACUUUAUCGACUACAGUGCUGAAGAUGACAGGUUUUUCAACAUUGAUGCCAACACUGGAACCAUUAAGACUACCAAGGUUCUUGAUAGAGAAGAAACUCCAUGGUACAACAUCACAGUUGCUGCUUCAGAAAAUGACAAUCCGAAUUUGCUGAGCCAUGUCACAGUGGUUAUUAGAGUUCUGGAUGUCAAUGACAAUCCACCUGAACUUGCCAGGGAAUAUGAUAUUGUUGUCUGUGAAAAUUCUAAGCCUGGCCAGGUUAUUCAUACCAUCAGUGCCACUGAUAAGGAUGAUUUUGCCAAUGGACAAAGGUUUAACUUCUUUCUUGAUGAACAUCUGUCUAUAAACCCAAACUUCACUCUGAAGGACAAUGAAGAUAACACAGCCAGCAUUCUGACAAGGCGGAGGAGAUUUAGUCGAACUAUUCAGGAUGUGUAUUACCUCCCCAUUAUGAUCUCUGACGGUGGAAUCCCCUCUCUCAGCAGCAGCAGUACCCUCACCAUCAGGGUUUGUGCGUGCGAGAGAGACGGGCGCGUGCGGACCUGCCGUGCAGAAGCCGUCCUGUCCUCGGCCGGCUUGAGUACAGGAGCCUUAAUCGCUAUUCUACUGUGUGUCGUCAUUCUCCUAGCAAUUGUAGUACUUUUCAUCACCCUGAGACACAGCAAAAAAGAGCCCCUGAUCAUUUCAGAGGAGGACGUGCGGGAGAACGUGGUCACCUAUGAUGACGAGGGUGGCGGCGAGGAAGACACCGAGGCCUUUGACAUCACAGCCUUGAGGAAUCCGUCUGCUGCGGAGGAGCUCAAGCACCGGAGAGAUAUCAGGCCGGAAGUGAAACUCACCCCCAGGCACCAGACGUUUUCCACCCUGGAAAGUAUAGAUGUUCAGGAGUUUAUUAAGCAAAGACUGGCUGAAGCCGACCUGGACCCCAGCGUCCCGCCUUAUGACUCUCUGCAGACUUACGCCUACGAGGGUCAGAGAUCGGAAGCCGGGUCCAUCAGCUCGCUGGAUUCGGCUGCCACACAAUCAGACCAGGAUUAUCAGUACCUUGGAGACUGGGGACCCGAGUUUAAAAAGUUAGCUGAACUCUAUGGAGAAAUAGAAUCUGAAAGAACAACUUAGGGGGUCCAUUCUUGCAACCUUCUAGAAUUGGCUUCCUGAGCAAGUGGAGAUAUAACCUCAGCCAUGGCAAGGAAGAAGCUUGGAAACAGUACUAGGAACUGAGCAAGCAGAGCACAGCUACUGUAGAAACAAGUGCCCUUUUCAUGAUCGAAACUGGGUUAUUUAAUCAGAAGAAAGUCAAAUUAAAAAAAAAAAACAGAGAGAAAGCUAUUGUUCCUUGUGUAUAUUUUCAAUUGCUCAAUAA